UGUGACAGACUAUGGCUGAGUGCAGCCCUAAGUUUGCAGGCCUUGCUGCAGUGCCACUAUGCCGCAUCCAACUCUGGUUGCCAUUGGACCUGUGGGGGCCCUGCUCAGUGAUUGGUCGACACUGCAGUGGGCCCCUCCCACAAGCAACCAAUUGUCAAAGAGAGACCAUUUGGUGGUCCUGCUCAGUCAUUGGUCAGCACUGCAGUGAGCCCCGCCCACAAGCAACCAGCUGUCAGGGAGAGACUGUUAGUUGAGAGGAUUCAGCCAACAGUCGUCCAGCAGUGGAGUGGUGGUCCUCAGGUGGACAGUGAGGCAACUCUCACCUGAGAUGGGCUGCAUUCUGCCUGUGGAACAUAUGGCUUGCUCUUGAAUCCUUUCCUGCCUGAAGCCAAGACCCUCAGGAACUCACCCAAGACCUAAUUGCCCCUUUGGCAUCUUUCAGCAGAGUUGUACAUCACAGUGUGGACUCCCUGGUGCUAGUACUGGAGCGGCAGUGUCUCCCCGGUCUUCCAUGUGGAGAAUGAUGCAUAGGAAAGGGAGCUGAGAUGUUUUCCUAUGCAUUAGGGGUAGUGCAAAAGAGAGAAAGUGGGUUUGAAACCUAAGAUGUAGGCACUAGAUGGCGCCAUUUUACCAAGUAUCAAUGGCUUUCACAAACGGCAUACCUUGUUCUACUUGUCCAGUGCUAAAAAAAAAAAACCAGAAAAACAGUUCUUACAGUCUGCUUCAGCAUAGCCGAAGAAUAGAACAAGGAGAAAUGGGCUUCAUGAUCACAGGAGAAAGAGAAGUUAAUCACAAGAAAGGAUUUUCGGAACCAAGAAUAUGUCACAUCAGAAUGAAGAAAAUCAUCAAAGCUUUUUUUUAUUAAUGUGAAAAAUAAAUUAGUGAGUCUCAACAUGAUUAUUUUGAGGAUUAUUUGCAGCCCUACUAGAAGACAGAGGAAUGUUUUAUCCUUUAUUCAGUGGGCAGAGGCCCGUUGGCACUCACUCCUCUACACGUUGCUGCAGGAAUCCAGCAGGCUGUUUGCUGUGAACCAGCUCCAGGUCACUCAGUAGACUUUACAGGUGGGUUGGAUGAAUAGCAGAUUUGGUGAUGGCUGGUUGGAUGCAAAGAGAACAAGUGUUCCAGGUGGAGGGAAUGGAAUAAACAGAUGUACAGAGGAAGCAAAUAGAGAUGUAUUCUGGUAAUCACUGAAUGAACUGAAAUUGGACAACAUCAUAAUUGCUCUUUCUGUCACUGAGGAGAACAAAUCUGAGGUGGACGUCAUCACUCAUGGAGAGGGAGGAUCAGCCAUUUUACGUCUUCCCCCAAAGGUACAGAAAGAAGCAGAUGGCAUCUCAUGGAAAAGAGACUGACCAGGAGCCUGGAGACCCAAACUUAAGCCUUAGCAGGUGACCUGGGGAGGCCUUCUACUGAAGAGAUCGCAGAUAAGGGGACCCAUCAGAGAAUCAUCCAUCUAGUUUACAGAAGCAAUUUCAGAGUGGGUCCUGGGGCCUUGGACCCUGAUGGAGGAGAUCCAGGUGUUGUCAUGUCUGGAGAGGAUACUUGCAAAUGCCGAAGACAUUUUUCCAUCAGCCUGAGAAUGGAGCCAACGACCGAGGAUGGAGGAACAUAAAAUGCACUUUGGCUCUUUCUGCCAUCCGUUCGAGAGCAUUCAGUUUCCUCGACCCACAGAUGAACAGAGCACAUCUGCCAGCCCAGUUCCCCCUGGUGGAGCGCACCUCCUACCCCCACUUGGAGACCUCCUGGACUCUUCUUGGACUUUCCAGCCAAUGGCUUGCAGUAGCGAUGGUGGCUUGCUACCCAGGAAAUGGAACAGGUUAUGUUCGACAUGUGGACAACCCCAACGGUGACGGCCGCUGCAUCACCUGCAUCUACUAUCUGAACAAGAACUGGGAUGCCAAGCGACAUGGUGGGGUCCUGCGGAUAUUUCCAGAAGGGAAAUCAUUCAUAGCGGAUGUGGAGCCCAUUUUUGACAGACUGUUGUUCUUCUGGUCAGACCGCAGGAACCCACAUGAAGUCCAGCCCUCCUAUGCGACCAGAUACGCCAUGACUGUUUGGUACUUUGAUGCUGAAGAAAGGGCAGAAGCCAAAAAGAAAUUCAGGAAUUUAACUAGGAAAACUGAACCUGCCCUCACUGAGGACUGACCCUGCUCUGAAAUCCGCUGGCCUCAUUCACUUUUAGUAACAGUUUCUGAAUUUGCUUUAAGAGUUGAGAUCCAAAGAAGGCCUCUUCUUCAGUGACUCCGUGACAAGGACCCCCCCCCGCCCCCCACUGCUUGCAUCAUUCAGAUCCCUGUCUCGUGUCUCGUGUAUGGUACUUUGUGUUUCCCUACCAAGACUGCACCUACCUUCAGACACUCUUUUUUGCCAGAUGAACUCAUUUGCUAACUCCAGAAAUACAUGCAGACAACCUAGUUGGCCAGCGGUUUAAUUGUUAGAUUUGGUAAUCCUGGCUAUCAAAGCAAGAACGUGAAAGCACGGGCAAGGGACUGAAUCUUACUUGCACUUUAUGUACACUUCCUAAUUUGAAAGGAGGAGGUUUGCAAAGAAAUAAAAUGGUGACAGAUGCCACAGAGAGGCAUCACUGAAGCCUUACACAGGAAACAGAAAUGUGUGUCAUCUGAACAAUUUCCAGAUGUUCCUAAUCCUGGGAUAUUGGGGUUUCUGGAGAAUUAUCACAACCUAAUGUCAUUAUUACCUCUAGAACAGGCUGCUGUUUUAGUAAUCAAUUUCUAAGUAUCCUGUGGGUAGACACUCCCUUUUCCUGGUCCUGUAACCGGAACUUGCGGCCUCUGCCCUAUCUUGCUGAAAUACAACUUUCUGAUCAAAGAUGACACCAUUUAUUUUCUAUUUUCACUUCUUACAUAGAGAACCUAAUUCAUUAAUUAUUUUGGUUGCUUUGUUGAAAUGAAAUUUGAAUUUAAAUCAAAGGGGAAAAAAAUCUUCCUGGUAGUAGAGUCAACAACCUCUGAUAAUGGUGUCAAAAAACCUGGGUCUGCUGAUAUACAAUAAACGUGUGCAUUUUAAACAGUUUGAGAUUGGCGAUGGAGUUGGAAAUGUAGGCGUUCCUGUUUUUCAGUUUUCCUUUUUAGUGAGCUCACUCUUCUCUAAUGAAACAAGAAAAAUCACAAAAACUAGGCUGUAUUCUAAAAAAGGUAAUGGGAAAUAAAACAAAAAAUCCUGGAAAGCUACUUGAGUUCUUCCACAUUUUCUGACCCUGGUAGUCUCUUCAACACUUGACUCUCCAGAUCUACUGUGGUUGGCAGUGUGGCCAGAAUCAUGGAAUUUGCUCGAGUUGUGGGACAUCCUCCAGCAGUAAACACAGAUUCCAAUGCCUCACAAAUUCUGUAUGGAGCUCCUCUUUUAUGAAAGUUACUCUGCAUAGUUUUCAAUUCCACUUUCAUAUUUUUAAAACCCCUGUAAUUUCUUGCUUGAAAAUCCCAUGAACAUUUAAGGGGCCAGAAAUAUUUUCUGUUGUCACUGACAGGCACGUAGACUUUCCAAGAAAGAAGCAUAUUUUUGUGUGUGUCCGGUUUGGGAAAUUUUCCAAAUAAGACUUGUCUUCAUUCUCACAAUUGCUCUAUUUUUUUUUCCCCCUGUAGUACUCAUUACCUUCUACUUACUAUGUAAAUUAUUUAUUAUAUUCAUUGUCUGGUAUCCUUCCUCUAGAGUAUAAGCACAAUGAAGACAGGGAUUUUGUAUUUUUUAAUCAAUGGAAUGUAUUCCUAGCACAUAAAAUAGUGCUUGGCAUAUAGUAAGGGCUCAGUAAAUACUUGUUGAAUAAACUCAUUCUCCUGCCUUA